GUGGCUCUAUCCGAGAACGAGACAGCAGCCCUCACUUGAAUGAAAGAAGCUGGCGAACGGAACACAAGGAAGUCUAGCAAACUUUGUAGCCUUCAAACGAUUCGUCCUCCGCCAUGGCGUACGCAAAGUAUUGGUCGAACAUCCAUGGUGACACUUCGUUACAAAAUGCCAAUGUUCCUCAGACCUCAAGGUUCCAGUCUCAGCAGGUCACACCCACCACAACAUCUCAGGUCUCCACAGCGAAACCUGCGCAAUAUGAGAAAGGAUCUACGCAAUCGUCUGCGGCAGCUGUGACUGUCAAACCUGGCACCACACCUGCAACCCCAGCAGCUCCUUCAGGAGCAUCUGCUGCAGGAGCUGCAGGCGGUGGAGGAGUCACCACCACUCAAAAAGGACCUUCUCAAGUUACUCCACAGACCACAGUCUCUAAACCCACACCUGCACCUUCUGGAACAACAGGAGUGAAGCCCACAGACCCUCUGGAUAACAAGGCCCAGAGUACAACCAUUCCUUCAUCCAAACCUGGACCUGCUAAGGUGGACCCGGCUGUUGGGAAGCCCUCACCCCCGGCCAGUGCCCAAAAGCAGACAAGUGCUCAAAAGGUGCAAGUGGAAGUGGGUGCUCCAGGAGCUAAAGUCAGUACGGAGGCUCUAGAUCCGUUUGAUGCCCUGUCUGGCACUUUACCGUCAUCACAACCUGUGGCACCGAAAGUCCCAGCAUUCACCGGACCAGAGGUCAAAGAGCCAAAUGUAAAAGCAGAGAAGGGUGUUAUCUGUGGUGAGAGAGAUGACACAUUGCCGCCCGGAUACAGACGAGCAGACCUGGAAAAGAAAACACAUGCUGGAGUUCCUGAGAAGCCUAAGGAAGUUCCCAAGCCUAUAAGCACAGACGAGGCACUGGACUCCCUCUCAGCUGGGUUUGUGUCUUCAGCGCCGCCUGCUCCAAAGAAGACAGAUGUGAAAACUGAAACGGUAGGAGCGGUCGAUGUUCGUUCUGCAGGCAUCUCCAACUUUGCCCCCCCUCCACCCUCUCAGAAACAACCGGCAAUAUCUCAGGCUGCUACUGUAACCAAAUCACCUGCUCCACCAGCUGACAAGAAAGCCAGGAUCGAGACCCCUGCACAACCAGCUAAACCAAAGACAGAUGAGUUGGACAUGUCUCUGGACGCUCUCGGCGCUUUGGGCGACACACUGGGCACUCAAGAACCACCCAAAAAAUUACCUGAACUCAAACCUGGGCAGAUAGUUGAUGAGAAGAAACAGACAUCAGAGAAGGGAGUUCGUGUCGGAGAGAGAGAUGACACGCUCCCACCAGAUUACAGAUUCUCAGAGGAAGAGCUCAAGAAAUAUCCUCCUCCUCAGAAAGAGCCCUCAAUAAACACAGAUGAUGCACUGGACUUUCUUUCUGGAGGUUUCACGGAGACCACAGCUCCACCGGUUGUUAAGGCCCCCGUUCCUCCUUCACAGGAAAAGAAAAAGCCCGAAGCGGUUCCUGAAAAGGCUAAAGAAGCUCCUAAGGAAACAAAGAAGUCUGCUGGGGUUCCUGAGAAAACUAAAGAUGCUCCCAAGGAAACAAAGAAACCUGCUGGGGUUCCUGAGAAAACUAAAGAUGUUCCCAAGCCUAAAGUAGAUGAAUUAUCAGCGCUGGAUGCUCUGGCAGGUGAUUUUGUGGCUACUGCAAAGUCUGUGCCUAAGGUUUCUUCGGGUGCUCCUAAAACUGUCCCGCCAGGCCCUCCACAAUCACCACAGGCAGAUGAGGACGCUCUCAGCGCUCUGGGCGACACACUGGGUAAACCAGAGCCACCCAAAAAAGUACCCGAACUCAAACCCAAGGACAUCGUUCAUGAGAAGGAUGUGACAUCAAAAAAGGGAGUUCGUGUCGGAGAGAGAGAUGACACGCUCCCACCAGAUUACAGAUUCUCAGAGGAAGAGCUCAAGAAAUAUCCUCCUCCCGAGAAAGAGCCCUCCUUAGACACUACUGAAGCUCUGGAUAUUCUGUCUGGCGGCUUUACAACCUCUUCUGAGGCACCGGCUGCCAAGAUCCCCGCUUGUCCUGCCUCUAAGUCUCCCGCUAAACCUUCAGAUUCAGAUUUUGCUUUAGAUGCUCUUGCGGGUGAUUUUGUUGCUCCUUCUUCUGCAUCUAAGGUUCAGUCGGCCGUCUCUGGCCCACCCCAUCCUGACAGACAGAUGUCAGAAGGUACCUCAACGGCUUUGGAUGCCCUGUCAGACACUUUAGCAGACAUUAAAGGAGCCCCUGAACCCGCCCCUGUCCGGCCUAAAGACGUCGUUAAGGAAAAGAAUAUCGUGGAGGAAAAAGUGACUAAACCGGGUGAGAGAGAUGACACCCUUCCACCCGAUCAUCGGUUCACAGAGGAAGAGCGCAAGGCAUUUGAAGCAGCAAAGCAGAAAGACGUCAAACCAAAGCAGGCAUCAAUCGACGACACAACGGCCCUUGAGAUGCUGUCUAGUGAGUUUUCUUCAGUACCGCCCGUGAAGCCCUCAGCACCCGACGCCCAACGCUUCACCCCUGAACCACAACCGCCAACAUUUAAGGCAUCGGGUCCGGUUUUAGACAAGCUGGCGGAAACAGUGAUUCCCAACCUCACUGACCCUAAAGCCAAAGACAGCAAACCAAAGGCAAAGGGUGCAAAACCAAAGUCUAAACCAAAGAAACAGUCAGUAGAAGAUUCAGCCAUGGAGAAGCUGCCCGGUAAACCCAGCUCGGAUGUGGUGCCAGCGUCUUCCACAAAGAGCGGAAACAGAUAGAUAACACAUUUAUGGCGCAUCCCCUCAUCCCUCACACAAGUAACCAUUAAAGGGAGCUGCUCGGACAAGAAAUAUAUUUUAUGGUGGACAUGGAAUGAAACAAAAAAAAAAUUAUAACUGCACAGAGACACUUAAACAUGUAUUUUUUAAAGAGUCCCCCUUUCUCCUUUAAUCCUAAAUCCAAAGAAUAAAUAUAACAAUCUUUUAUCUCCUUGUGAAUGAUAGAACAUGUAUAUACAAAUAGGAUGCUCGCAUCAAGCGCAUGUAUUGUUCUAUUUUCAGUCAUCUGUUUUUGGUGUGGCGUUGUGAUAUAAUUUUUCCCACAGUAAAAAAAAAAAAAUUAUGCCAUAUACUAUUUUUUUCUUUUUUUUUUUUUUUUUUUAUUACUGGGGGUCUCUCUACAGUCUUCCUGUUCACUGAGAUGCUGUUUGAGGAUCUGUUGGGACACUAGUGUACAGAAAUGCCACAGGUUAUGAGUUCAUCGUUUACAGUACAGGAAUUGCAGUAGUUGACCGUGAUUUUAAAUGCCGUUGAAUGUCUGUAUAAUGAUACAAGUCAAAAAAAAAAAGGUUUGUAUGGGAGGUGAUCUUCUUUGUAGUUUGUUCCCUGAAGUGCACUUACAGGAAUGCUCUGGAAAAGAACUGUAAAAUAUUUUUGCGAACACUAAAUGCCCCAUGUGCCUGUUUUAUCACUCAAGCCUUAGGAAAUAAUUAGGAUAACUUAAUGUUCCACUGUCAGCGUUUCCACACUUGAUUUUAGAGAUUAUUUUAGCUUAAGCUCAAGGUUUUAAAUGUAUUUUCAGAACCACUACUAAGUUGACAGGUCUUGCAUUAGAUGUGGUGGGCAAAGUCAGAAUCUUUCACUUUCAGUUUAACUCACUUGUUUUGGUUUAAGGGCAACCGCAACAUUGGCGUUUUGCUUAACAUGAUGGCUCACUCUUUGAUGCUUUAAAAUGUUCAAAAUAGCUUUCACAGCUGAUGAUAGAAACCGAAAUAUGACCUUUAAAACCCAACAGCGUCUGUCCAGAUGGGUUUCUUAGAGCGUUCUAAGAUGUUGUGUACUAGUCAUUCUGACAGGACGGUGUUUUCAAGAAGGGAUUUUUACUCUUAAAAAAAAUAAAACAACUUGUUUUGUUAGUUUGGAUUGUUCUGUUGCUAAAAUCUUUAUGCAAAUAAAGAUGCAAUGAUGA